AUGGCUGGCACAAACAACUCCGCCACAUCUAGAAAACGCGCAAAACUGCGCAACGCAAGACAAAUUUUAGUUCAACAUCAAGAUCCAGCAAUCGAUGGAGGGAAACUUAAUGUUCCUGAGUUUCUGCGUGCUAGACGCUUUGAAAUCUCUCAACUUCAAUCUGCAAUGUUAAAGUCUCGUUCUGCAGCUUCAAAACGUGCCUUUCAAGCUUUACCAAGAAGUUUACGAAGAAGAACAGCUUCUCAUAAUGUUAAGCGUAUGCCUAAAAGACUUCGAGAUAGAGCUCGUUAUGAAAUGUUGGCUUCAGAUUCAUCAUCAUCAUCAUCAUCAUCAAAAACAACUUCUAAACAAACUUUGGAUAAAAUUGGACUAGUCAAAUCGAAAAAAUUAAGAGGUUAUUUGCGUGUUAAACAACGUGCUCUCACACAAAGCCUCAAAGCUCAAGCAAAAUCCGCAGCAGUAGUACCAGUACCAACAGAAAAAGCAAAACAAACAGAACAAGCAGCAGCAUCAGCAGCAGAAUCAACAACAACACCAACACCAACACCUGUACUAGCAGCACCAACUUUAAAAUUUAAUAAACAAGCAACAAAUGAAUUGGCCGCUCCGCCUCCUGGUAAAACUAAAUACGCCCACCGCCAGCGUACUAAAACUUGGCUUCCAACCCACGUGUGGCAUGCCAAACGCGCCCAUCUCACUUCUCUCUGGUCCUUUGCUAUUCCUACCCAUCCAUCCCUUAAAGCCUACCGUGCCACCCACCGCGCAGCCUCACGCCCAGGUGUUGCAAUUGCUUGGGAUGCUUCCUACACGGCCUCGUUUAUCCUCGAAGCCCCCGAUGAAACUCUUUUGAUUAAAACUCUAGCAUGUGUUACUCUGGGGUCUUAUGCUCAUACAGACCAAUUGGCAAAUGGUGUUAGAUCAUGGCAAGGAAUGGCUUAUGAACCUUCAGGUGCAGCUCUGGCUCCUGUCCUUGUGGUUUGGGAACCUCAACAGCAACAGCAACAGCAACAGCAACAGCAACCAAAUACCUCCUACAAAGCAUUGCUCCGGUGCCACCCGGCAGCCUCUGUACGACUUGUUUCUUUGCUCGACCAUCUUCGCUCUCUUACCAAAUUCGAAUACCAUGACUUUCGCUAUCUCCUGGGCUCUAUUGAUAUCACAGGUCCUCGAUCUCUUCCUGCCCUAAAUGCAAUCUUUAAACUCAAGCCAGGCGACCAUAAGGCCGCUCUUUGGAAUAACAUUGGAUGUUUUUCAAACUCAGCUGCCCUUCCAUCAAAUGUCGUCAUUGCUCUAGAAGCAACUGACCCUCGUCUCUCAUACCCUCCUCAUUACUCUACUACUACUACUAAUAAUAAUAAUAAUAAUACUAAUAAUAAUAAUGAUAAUAAUAGUUCUCACACAGACUUUGAUCCAGUCCAGUUAAUUGCCAAUUGGCCAGAUAAAACUCUCGUCGACCCAGCCACUCCAUCCAUCUUUGAUUCUUCUGUAAUCAAUAACUCUUAUAUCAACCAGCCCUCUCAAAAAUCAAUUGAUAAACGUAGAGCUGCUGCAACCUCCAACUCAACCCAUCUCCCCUUUACAAACUCAGAUCCAACUUUCCCCGUACUUCUCUUAAAAACAAGCCCAAACUCAUGGACUGCCAUUAUCCCCUGGGGGUGGGUCAUGCCAACUUGGUACUCCCUCCAACACCUUCCAGGGAUUCGCCUUGGUGGACUGGACCAGCGUCACCAAUUAGCAUUUGAAUCAGGCCAACUUUAUUUCCCCACUGAUUACGUGGGGUGCUCUGCAGCCCUUACCACUAUUGAAAAGGAGGCUAGACAAAUUCGUGAAACUUGGGCUCGUAAGCCUCUUAAAAAACGAAUUUCAUACCGCCGUGCUCUUAUUUCGAAAAGUACAAUAGACGGAUCCACUCUCCGGGUACGUGGUGAAAUCGGAAGCCCGUUUAGAUGCGAUUGGAAAUAUCUUUGGAAAAUCCAUGGUGGAGUCGGUGACCAGAAAGACCCUCAGGAUAUAGAAGUCGAGGGCUUAGAAGAAACUUGUGCACACCAAUUUCUUGAAGAAUCUAAAAAAUAUACCCCGAAACCAAACAUUUCAAAUAUACAAUCUUUUAUUUCGGAUUCCCUUCAAGCUGAAACUCAACAAGUUCCACAUACUUAUGCUACUUUUUCAAAUUAUGCCCAAUCAAUCAACACUACAGUUGAUCCUCCAACUCCAACUCCAAACUCUCCAAAACCUUUGCUUGUCACUCCUGUCAAAAUUCACUGUGUUACUCGUGGAACUCCUCAACCUAACGCUCGCAUUUAUCGUAUCCCCCCAGACCAAACUAAACUUUGGCUUGCAUCCUGUGCUUCCCCAGGAACUCCUUCUCCAACAUGCCCAGACUCUUCUUACCUGAUUGGUUUUGUGACAUCUGGUGCAUUCAACCUUCGCCAUGCUUCAGGAACAGGCGUGGGUGCCGUUGCAACAUACAUUUACAAUACUCAAGUCUCCAACAAAAAUUCUAUGUUAUGUUUGGUACGCAACGUAGGCUCUUCAGUCACCAGACUUGCCAAAAUCUCCCAAAUCCCUCUUGUAAAUGCUUAUUAA